UUUGUCACACCUCUUUUCUCUCCACGGUUCCCAUCCGCCUUCCCAACACCGCCGAAACCACGCACGCCAACCGACCACAGUCUACCGUUAACACGACAACUACACCUCAAAACGAUUUAAUACUUUCAUUUGGGCCUGCGCGGCUCCACGCGCUAUGGCGUUCUUGAAACGUCUUUCGGAUAGUCUCUGGAACUAUGUCUCCCCUCAGAAAGCCAGCAAGACUGCGCUGCCGACGCCUCAGACCGGCGUGUCGGUGACACCUCUGCGAAAGUCCUCACUGGACGCACAAACUGCACGAUUUUCAAGGUCUAUGAGCCCCACUCAGAGGGUGCUGAGUUGGAAUUCGUUGUUGUCCAGCCAAUUCGAAUCACCCGUCAAGAGGAAGAGGAAGAGCAAGAGCAAGAGCAAGAGCAAAAAGCGGCGAUUGUACACGCCGGAUUCAGACUCCGGCGCGCACUCUGGGCGGCAAUCGAAACAGCCCAAGAUCGAUGUGGAAGAUCUGGAUUCCCCAUUGGGUCCGGGUAGAGGGCGCUUGGACUCGUCCAGGUCUGACGAGCGAGAUUCGUUCCUGCGCACCCCAUCACGGAAAUCCAGGACUCGUUCUCCAUCUCCAUCGCUAGAGGAGUACAUUAGGGAUGACGACUCGGUAGCUUCGUUGGACCUGGAUGUGGAUGACGAUAGGUACAAUGAUACUCCUCCGAGGAAGAGGACCGUGGUGAUCCCCAAGGAACUCAAGGACAAGAAUAUCACCGAAGAAGAGCUUCGAGAGGCAGGGUGGGACGAUGAUUACAUCACUCUCAUUCAGAGGAUUGGCCUGCGUGGUCGAGAACCAGUCUUUCCUGCGUAUAUGAAGUUUGAGUACCGUUUCAUGCCGGACGGACUGUUUGCACAUGACGACGAGGCAUUCAUCGGGAGUGUGCGUAAUAGCCACUUCAAAGCUAGCAAAGCGAUCCAGAGACUCUUCGACCUGGGCGGCCACGUCCGCGAUUGCAAACUCAUCCACGGUGAUGAGGCAAGGGCCGAGUUGGAAGUCCAACGCCAUGUCAAGGAUUAUAUCAAGUGGGCCGAAACCGACUCUGGCCUCGAUAUGCAAACUGCAAUCCCCGUUCUGGUGCAAAUCUACGAGGAAGCGGGCACUCCUGGAAACGAGUUCAAAGCUAUUGCUGAAGCCGAGUGCCGAGCUCUAGCUAAGAGGUGGAAGAAAGCGCUCCAAGUGGCGCGCUCAGUGGAGUUCUCGCCUGCGUCCUCACGAGUCUCAGACGGCACCCUACUUUCCUACGAGCUGCCCACUCUGUAUGCUCUGGUCGCGUGCGAUUCCAUUGUCGCAUUCAUGGCAUAUCGCGCCGAUACUGACCAGUGCACUCCCAUGGCAUUCUUCAACUACAACGAGAAGGAUUACGAUGUGUGGAACUCGCUCGCAUUGGCGAUCCUUGUCUGCCACGUACGAAAUGUGCAACUGCGAAUCGCAGAAGACACUGAAAUUGGUUUGAGGCAGCCGAACUCGGGAGAGAGCAGUGACGGAAUGGACGUGGAUGCUUGAGCCCCAUUUUCGAAGGGACUUGCAAUUGAGGAAAUGUUCCAAGAAUGUGCAAACGCAAUCAAUUGUACACUUCUCUUUUUUGUCUUUUUUGAGGAGGGAAUAUUUAGUUCGGAGUUGCGGAUAUUUUCUUCGUUCGAGAUACCCCCGAAAUCAUCGAUAGAUACCUACGAUGGAGCGAGAUUGGCGCAUACUGUACUACUGCUCAUGGGAACGCACUGGAGCGAGGCGUUGUAAUAUUGACUUAACUGCAUUCCCAUACUGCCCCCUCCCCCCUCUGAGAUUUUAA